GUGAAUCCGACUAUCAAGCGGGAGCAGUUCCCCCUAACAAAUCUUGAAACCGGCAUAGUUGGGUGGGAUAGCCAAGAUGACCCUCUCAACCCAAGAAAUUACCCUGCUUCACGAAAGUGGUUCCUUCUCUCACUCGUCAGCAUCAUUACAUUGAUUAGCCCAUUUGCAUCAUCUGUUUUCGCUUCUGCCGUUGCAGACGCAAGUAAAGAGUUCGGCAAUAAGUCUUCGCUUCGUGAGUCAUUGGCUGUGACAGGCUAUCUAUUCGGAUAUGGAAGCGGACCUUUGCUUUUUUCCCCGCUAAGCGAGAUUUACGGACGAAGAAUUGUACUCAGCGUCGCAAAUUGUUUCUUCGUGAUUUUCCAAAUUGGCUGUGCCCUUGCCCCGAAUCUGUCCGCAUUGAUUGUCUUCCGGCUCCUCACCGGUAUUGGCGGUUCUGCAUGCUUGACCAUUGGCGGUGGUGUUGUCUCGGAUUUAUUCGCAGCAGAGCAGCGAGGACUCGCAAUGUCAAUAUUUUCCUUUGGGCCAUUGUUCGGGCCAGUGCUUGGUCCAAUUUGUGGUGGGUUCAUUGCCCACGGCGCCGGAUGGCGAUGGGUCUUUUGGGUUCUUUUAAUUGUGGGUGGCACAGUGGCAACUCUUGUAGCGAUUUUCAAUCGCGAAACAAACCCAAUUAUCAUCAUGCAGCGCAAGACAGACUCAUUGCGAUCAGAGCUUCAACGACCUGACCUUUACAGUUGUUAUGAAAAAAAGGGGGGCCCUCAAAGAAAGCAAAUGGAUCGCCUCAGAAAUGGGUUAAAAACCCCUCUUCAGCUUCUUUUCCGCUCCCAUAUCGUGUCGAUCAUUGCUUUGUAUAUCGCCACGGUUUACGGCUGCCUCUACCUUCUCUUCACCACAGUGACCAACGUUUUCCAGAAUACCUACGGCUGGAGUAUUCAAAUCAGCGGACUGUCAUACAUUGGGCUUGGUCUCGGCUUUUUCUGUGGGCAAUGCCUCUUUGGUCUGCUGAGUGAUAAAAUCAUUCUGCGACUUAAGAGCCGCAACAAUGGCAGUUUUGAACCAGAAAUGCGUCUCCCCUUAUCGAUAUUCUUCGCCUUUUUCAUUCCAAUAUCAUUUUUUUGGUACGGAUGGUCGGUUCAAGAGCACACGCAUUGGAUUGUUCCUAUAAUUGGGCUUUUCCCAUUCGCAUUUGGGAUGGUUGGUAUUUUUGGGACUUUGCAGACCUACGUCAUUGAUUCAUACCCACGAUAUGCAGCAUCUGCAGUCGCAGCCAUUACCGUGAGUCGCUCUUUGUUCGGCGCGUUGCUACCCCUGGCCGGUCCCUACAUGUAUCAGGCGCUGGGUUAUGGGUGGGGAAAUUCUUUACUGGGCUUUGUUACUCUGGCUAUGAUCCCAAUGCCCGUGAUAUUUUACCGGUUCGGUAAAUCCAUGAGAGGUAAAGCGACGUUGAAUUUGGCAUAG